AUUUUCUUUCUCAGUCACACUGCGUUUGGUUCUGUCAGUGGUAUCUGCCUGGGCAUGUGUGGGAGAACAGCUUGCACUCUAGCACCGGAUGAGAUCAGUCGAGCCUCUAGGUACCGCGACCGUGCAGGGCGACGACGACGGCCCAAAUGGAAGGACGGAGAUGCGGACAAAUACCGAUCAUCUUACAACAAAAGUCCCCAGUCUUUCAGCCCAGUUUUACUGUCUCAUAGACAUUUUAAUAAGGAUGCACCAGCAGAUGAAUUCGUCCUAGCAUCAAUGCGCUGGGGUCUUGUGCCAGCUUGGUUCAAAGAGAACGACCCAAGCAAGAUGCAGUACAGCACUUCAAACUGCCGCAGUGAAAGCCUUCUGGAGAAGAAGUCCUACAAGGAUCCUCUUUUGAAAGGGCAGCGGUGUGUCAUCUUAGCUGACGGCUUCUAUGAGUGGAAGAGGCAAGAAAAGGGCAAACAGCCCUUCUUCAUCUACUUCCCUCAGAGCCAGGGAAAAGUGCUGAGUCAGCAAGACACAGCUAAAGAAGAUGAAAAAAACACAUCAAAGCUGCUCCCCAUGGAAAAAAACCUGGACCAAGAUAAAGCAGACAGUGAAUGGGGAGGAUGGCGCUUGCUCACUAUGGCGGGACUCUUUGAUUGCUGGACCCCCCCUGGUGGUGGGGAGGCACUCUACUCCUACAGUAUUAUCACAGUGGAUGCUGCACCAAACAUACAAGACAUACAUAACAGGAUGCCAGCAGUGCUGGAGGGAGAGGAGGAGGUAAGGAGGUGGUUGGAUUUUGGAGAAGUGCGGUCUUUAGAUGCCAUGAAAUUACUCCAGCCUAAAUCCACACUGACCUUUCACCCUGUCUCCUCGUUUGUCAACAACUCUCGCAAUAACUCUCCUGAGUGUCUGCUUCCUGUGGACCUUAACAGCAAGAAGGCACCUUUGCCCUCAGCAAGCAGCAAUAGGAUGAUGAACUGGCUGAAGACUGGAUCACCCACAAAAAGAAAGGAGCCAGCUGAGGACGACAAACACAAGGAAAGGUCUUUUGGAAAACCCUCACCAAAGAAGCAGCCUAAGCCAGGAAGUGUCCUUGAGCAGUGGCUGCUGGAAUCACGGUCAAACAAGAAAUGCCAGACUACUUAAUGAAAGAACAAGCAGUGACUGUUAAAAAAAAAAAAAUCAUCAAAGAGGAGUGUACCGUCAAAACUUUCUCUCCAUAUAUAUAUUUUUUAACAAAAUAGCAUGAAUCCCUGUUCAGAGUAUCUGCUUUAAUAAAC